ACGUGACCUGAGGCAAGCAGGGAGGGGUAUCACAUCAGGGUACCUGUGAGCAGAAUCGAUCGCGGAGAGGGCACGUCACGAGACACCUAUCUACCCGCUGUGAGCCUAAUUCGCUAUCAUCGAGAUGUGAGCCGCAAACAUCAGUACAACAAGCGACCGGUUCAAGGCCAUUUACACUGGGACCGGUAUGUCAACUCAAAGGACACCGGGCCUCUGAAGAUGUAGCGGCGUCGCGGACCGUUGGAUAUGCUGUGCCGCACAGCACGCGUGCGCUGCGGUGCAGUAUCCUCCAUUCACAGCUCUUCACAACGCUGGUUUCCUCGGGCUCGUCUCUGCACGGUAGUUGGUCAGGAGCCUCGGCUGCCGCUACCCGUUACCCGGCACCGGUGUCCGGGGCGGCGUCGCCCGUACCGGCCCCUCCCCGGCGGGAGAGGCCGCGGCAGGGCGUGGCCCAUCACCAGCCCCCCCCCCCCCCCAUAGCCGCCGUCCGACUAUAUAACCGGCCACACCACCGUCAGUCGGCACAGCGCCAGCGAGUUCAUCCAACAUGAAAGUCCUGGUUGUGGUGUCGGCCCUUCUGGGCGUGUCGGCUGCCCUCUCGUGGGGAAACCCGAUCGCCACGCCGUACGCCGCCGGCUGGAACAGCUGGAACGGCGCUGCCUGGGACGGCGCUGCCUGGAACGGUGCUGCCUGGAACGGUGCUGCCUGGAACGGCGCCCCGCUCACCAGGGCCGCCGCUCUGCCGUACGCCGCCCCCUGGAGCGGCAUCGGCCUGGCGCAGCCGUACGCGGCUGGUAUCGGUCUGGCCCGUCCCCUGACGUAUGCGGCUGCCGCGCCGGCAGUCACCUCCAGCCAGUACCAGGCGCAGGACGAGCUCGGCCAGUACCAGUACGGCUACAGCGGCCCCCUCAGCUCCAAGACUGAGACCAUGAACGCCCUGGGAGCCACCGCCGGCUCCUACAGCUACCUGGACGCCAACGGCAUCAAGCAGACCGUCAACUACGUGGCCGACGCCGCCGGCUUCCGCGUGAAGGCGACCAACCUGCCGGUGGCGCCCGAGCUGCGCCUGGCCGCGCCCGUGCACACCCUGGUCGGCCCGGCUCCCGUCGACGACACUGCCGAGGUGAAGGCCGCCAAGGCCGAGUUCCGGAUGCUGUACAACGAGGCUGCCGCCGCCGCCGAGGCCGCGCCGGACGCGCGCCGCCGCCGCCGCAGCAUGGAGCCCAUGAUGCCCGAGGACACUGCCGAGGUGAAGGCCGCCAAGGCUGUGCACGCCCAGCUGUACAACGCCGAGGUGCUGCGCAACAGCGGCGUGCCGGUGGCCACGCCCGUGCUGCUCGACACGCCGGCGGUCAUGGCCGAGAAGGCCCGCCACGCGGCGCUCUACAACCAGGCCGCGCUGCGCGCUGCCGCCGCGCCCGACUACGGCCCGGUCGCCUACGCCGGCUACGGGCUCGGCCUGCGCUCCGGUCUGUUCUACUGAGCGCCGCCCGCUGUCACCCUUCCAACACUGUCCAUCUGUCCACUGUCCCUGUCCUGUUCAUCUGGCUUUGUGCCCCGGCUCGUGUUUUGACGACGCCCAUUUCAUCGCUACCAGAGCCAGUGUCCUGUUGUGACGAACUCUGUGUUUGUCUUGCAUGUAUUUUUACAGAAAAUAUAUUUUGUAAUGAAA